UCACGUAAUCCUGAUUUUCCCCUCGCUAGGCUCGUUUUACGUGACACACGUAAAAAUAAUGUGAAAGUGUACUGGCAAAAAAAUGUUUUCACGUUGAUGUUACGUGAAAAGCCUUAUGGUAUUUUUCCACUAGGGUUUUCCAUGUAGUUUUUAUGUAUUUUGAAAUGUAACUUCAACGGCACUCGAGUGCGCCAUUCGGCGAAAUUUCUACGUGAAUAUUUUAGUAUGAAAAUUGAUGGCGUUCGGUGAAGAACUGCUGCCAGACUUGUGGUCGCAAAAUUUUAUCGAAAAUGUAACAGAUGAUGUCUAGAAGAAGCAUCUUCUUUCUCGAUGGCCAUUGGCAUUCUGGCCGGUGAUAUCACCAGCGGUGACCUGAAGAACCCCUCGAAGGCGAUCCCAGGCGCAAUCUCGGUCAUCAUCCUGACGUCGAUUUCGUCCGUCGGAACGGCAAUUGUGGCCGAUAUUACUGUGGUGAAUGACGCCAUCGGAAAUGUUUCGGACUUGGCCAACGGGUCGUGGAUCUAUGCCGAUUGUGCCCCGGAGAAGUACGAGUACGGAUUACACAACUCGUUCCAGGUCAUGGAGUUGGUAUCUGGUCCAAUCAUCUACGCCGAGUACGCCGAAAAGGGUUUCUCCGCGGUCAGCAGAAUCGGCAAACUUUGACCACAUAUCAUACACAUCAUACAGUGCAGUCAUCAGUUUAUUUCCGGCAAGAGGCACGGCAUUACAAAGUUGUGUACAGUGAAAUCGUUUCAAUAAAGUUUAAAAAGUAUAAAUAAAAAAAAUAUCUUCUAAUUAAAAUUAAUUCUUCUUAUUUCCAUCCGAAAAAAAAGAAACUAAAAUCAGAAACUACUACUAUAAAAUUUAUAUAGCGCUUACUACAACAUACAUGUAGAAAUCAUCGAUUGAUUCAUUUAGCUUUUACGUGUGAAACACGUAGAAUCAACGUGAAGGGAUCUGGCCAAACAAAUUCCGUUUCUACUAGGGUCACCUCGUAGAAGUUACGUGAAAACCCUAGUGGAAAAAUACCACAUAGCUUUUCACGUAACUUCAACGUGAAUAUUUUUUUGAGUGUGCAUGAAAAUUCCAGUCGCAGCCACCCUGACAGAAAAGUCCGUCGGACGUCCGUCGUUUCCCUGACUGAAAAGUCCGUCAGACGUCCGUCGUUUGUCGUCCGUGCAACUGUACGACGUCGCACGACAAUGUCGUGCGACUUUCGCGCGAAUGUCAUACGUUUUUGCACCAAAAUGUCGUAUUUGUCGUGCGAUCGAUGAUCGAAAUUGUACGACAUUGUCGUACGACAUUGUCGUACGACAUUCGACCGACGUCGCACGGUUUUGUUAUUUAGAAUGUCGUGCUAUUGUCGCGUGCUGUUAUUUCGGAUUUUUAGGUUAUGUUGCAGUUGAAAAAAAACUGUUGUUUUGUUUUGAUUGUUUUUUUUUUAUUCAAACUGUCAAAAUUUCACAAACAUAUUCACUUGUUCACUAAAUUUCACUUGCGGAUCGCCGAAUCUUCUCCAACUUGGCUUCCUUCGGGAUUUGCCUUGACCGCAGAUUCCGGCUUUGAUGUUGGUGUUCUUCUGAGGCGGCCGUGGCAGCAUCUUAGGCGUGUUGGACUUUUGCUCCUCGCCGAGCUGAUCAAACGCCUUGGCGACGAUCUUGGACCUCCGACGGAUUGAUGUUUACCGGAGUACGAGACAACGUGGGUUUGUGGAGCAUGAGUACGAGAAAACGUGGCUGCUUCCGUGGGUUCUACGGAAGCCACGCGGGACCACACGGGGACGCAUGGUUUCCGGCAGGAUCAGAUUGGAAUAUGUUUACUGCCUGAAAAAAUAUAUCAUCAAUCAACAAUUGGCAAGAACUUAUAAAUUAAAUUCAGAUUUCAAUAAUAAUAAUAAUAAAAUUUCAAGACAAUAAAAUUUCAAAUAUGUAUUUUUGAACUGUAAAAGAAAAACUAAAUUUAUGAAUUCUCGCUAACUUUUACAAAAGGUUCUGUGUACAUAGGAAACCAAUGACGCAUUGGUUGUUUUGAAAAUGUAAUCAAGAAUUAUUAAAAUUUAAACAUUUAAAACGAAUUAUAAAUGAAGACUUCUAAAAAAUUUAGAUUUAAAAACGCAUAAAUCAUUCGAGCUGUCACCUUCGGCGUGCUAACAUCGUGUCGAAUAAGUAGCUCUCGCGAAAAGUUAAUUUAUUACCGCUCCCGGUGUGUUCGCCAGCACCCUGGGGAA